AUGCAGCGCAUUAUCUUUUAUGUAUGCUGCCUCUGGAACGCCGCCGCGCCGCUCAAAGCGUGGUUCCUCUCGCGCUAUGGCUUUGUGCCCACAACGACAACGACGAUCGUGAACCUCCACUGGGACACGGUGCUCAACGGCAAGUUUCUCACGCAGCUCUACACCAACGCCGGCAUUCCGCUCGCAACACCCCUCACUGCGACGCGCUACCUCAACGUCUUUAUGGACUUCAAGAUCCUUCCGCGCUCGAUCGGAACCUGGGCCGGCUCGUACGCUGGCACCGAGACCGUGUACCAAAUGGACUUGGACGGACGACCGCUGCGUCGGUCGCUCGACGGCGCCGCCGAAGUCGCCGCUUUCAACGCUGCACUGUCCGCGUUCACGGCCAGCGGCUUUAAUCUCUGGGGCACCGAGCUCAUCCGCAGCUACGUCCCGCCAACCACUUCGUUUGGGAGUCUCCAGGACGUGGCCGAGGCCGUGUUGUGCCUCAAAGGCAUGUCCCUCGAGACGUUUAGCUCGGGCGCCGCCACCUACGAGAUCAGCGGACGCGAUCUCUUUGCGACGGUGCUCGGUGGCAGCGGCUACAUCAACUCGAUCUUUGCGCCGCGCGAGACGGCGUGGUGGUGUUCCAUCCAGUACGUGGACCCAGCGACGAACGCUCCGAACCGAACGCAGUGUUUCGAGCGCAUGAGCGUCGCUUUGCCGGCGUUCUUUGUCGGCAAGUACAUUUCUUUGAACUCGGGUUCGCGGUAUGUCGACAACGCCGACGUCGUGGCUGGAGCAACGAUCGGCAACUUGCAGUCGUACCACUACAAGCACCACGAGGUGCAGCCGUUGGCGUCCAUCAAGCUAGCAACACUGGGCAACCGGACGACGUGGGCGGCGUGGAUUCCCGAGGUGAUUGCGACCGUCGCGCAGACGCCCGUCGACACGAGCGACGCGAUCGAAGAGCUCUGUUUUGUCGGUGACGGGUGCUUUGCCGCGUGCUUGAAUGAGACGGCGAGCGGCGGGACUACGUACACGUACAGGCGCGGCGGCGAGUGUGUUGGAACCAUCGACUCGGUGGCAAUAAGCCUCCACGAGUUGUACUCUGACUCGGCGUGCCUCGGCCUCGGCACGGGCACAUCCCACAUCCAAGUCACGUAUCUCAAUCACGCCGGCGUCCGGUCGACGCGCGUCGCGUCACAGGCCGCGUCGCCAAUGGCGAUCUUGGCGUGCAUCGUCGGCGGGCGUGUUCCGAAUGGCGACUAUCUACCCUCGAAUUUCAUCGAUAUGGUGUCCCGGGGCACGGAAGCGUCUUUGGUUGUCACGUCGUCCAAUGGCAGCGAAGCGAUCAUGCUCAACUGUAUCGCGCUCAUCUCGCUGCUCGGGUACGUUUACUUUCUGCUUUGGAUUGCCAUUUUUGCGUGGCGCACUCUGCGUUGGGUUGCCGUUUUGGCAAACACCAACGAAAACGUCGCACAGCUGCGCUUUAGCACCUACCGCGCCAACUUGAGCACGCGUGUUUGGAUGCACGAGCGCUCGACCAUGUCGGUCACUGGAUUUCUGGGGCUCGUGGCUUGGCACCUCGGUGCGAGUCAGUGCAAGUGCGUCUGGCGCAACACGGCAUCGGUGGCCGACGACCCGGCGUACGUCUGCAGCAUCAACCCGGUCGGGCACGUUUUGGAAAUCAGUGAAGUCGUUCGGCUGCUGUCGCAUGCGUGGGUAUUCUUUGCCCUUGCGUUCUUGGAUCUCUUUCCGGGCCUCACCGUGCACUUUGCCGGGUACGCGGUCGCUGUCGUGCUGCUGGCCUUGAUCCCGCUGUUGCUGUGGGCGAUUCCACUGGCGUAUAUGAUGCGAGUGUGGGCCUCGACGCCGUGGCUGCAAUGGAUGCACAGUCAUCUCUUUCUCGCACUCUUGUGGCUCACUGUGCUAUGGCUCAUGCGCAGUCGGUGUUUCGCGCCGUACCGCCGCCUGGUCGAGCGCUGCUUGCACUGCGUCGGCUUGCGCAAACAAAGAAUCGACGCCAAGAGCCCCCUCCGGUCGAUUCUCGGCGCGUACUUUUGGACCGACGCGGUCGAUGUGCACGAUGACGACACGGCGUAUGUCCCGCUGAGCUUGCUCUUGCAGACCAAGGACGUGGCGAUGGACCGCAUUUGUGACCACGAAUACUGGUUGUGCCAAGAAGAUUUUGAUGCGCGCGAUUGGAGCCAUACGCUACCGACCACCCAUCCCAAGUGGGUCCUCGAGCACCGUGGGUACUAUGUACGGGGCAUCAAAUAG